CCCCCGGCGAGCGGUGGACGAGGCGAGGCUGCGAGCGGCUCCGGGAAGCCAUGGACGUCGAGAGGCUGCUGGAGGCGCUGAAAGAUUUCGAGAAGAGGGGCAAGAAGGAAGUGUGCCCAGUGCUGGACCAGUUUCUCUGUCAAGUCACCAAGACCGGAGAGACGAUUAUUCCUUUCACUAUUCAGCGACUAUGUGAAUUGCUAACAGAUCCAAGGAGAAACUAUACAGGAACAGACAAAUUUCUCAGAGGAGUAGAAAAGAAUGUGAUGGUUGUUAGCUGUGUUUAUCCUACUUCAGAGAAAAACAGUUCCAAUAGUUUAAAUCGAAUGAAUGGUGUUAUGUUUCCUGGAAAUUCACCAAAUUAUACUGACAGGUCUAACAUAAAUGGUCCUGGAACACCCAGACCACUUAAUCGACCAAAAGUUUCUUUGUCAGUCCCUAUGACUACAAAUGGCUUGCCUGAGAGCACAGAGAGCAAAGAGCCAAAUUUACAGCAAAAUGAAGACAAAAGUCGCAGUGACUCUCCGACAUUUGACUCAGAAGGUUCUUCAGUGAGUCCUAUAAAAAAUAAACAUCCAGAUGAAGAUGCUGUGGAAUCCGAGGGACAUGAGGUAAAAAGACUCAAGUUUGACAAAGAAAGUGAAGUCAGAGAGACAGCCAGUCAAACAUCUUCCAGUGAAGUAUCUUCAGUUAUGAUAGAAGAAACAGAAGCAGCAUCUUCAUCGCGGGACAAAAACAAAGAAAGUAGUUGUACCAGGCAGCACUGUACAGAGGAGGAUGAGGAAGAGGAUGAAGAUGAAGAAGAAGAGUCUUUUAUGACAUCAAGAGAAAUGAUCCCAGAAAGAAAAAAUCAAGAAAAAGAUUCUGAUGAUGCCUUAACUGUGAAUGAAGAGACUUCUGAGGAAACUAAUCAAAUGGAGGAAUCUGAUCUGACUCAACCUGAGAAAGAUUUACAUUCUGAAGUUAGUGAAAAUACAGGCCCUGUAAGUAGUGAUUCUGAUUACCAUGAAUCAGAAGAAUUAGUAGAAUCCAAUUCCAGUAAAACUGGAAAGAUUCUCUCAGAAUCAUCUAUGGAAAAUGAUGACGAAGCCACAGAAGCCACAGAUGAACCAAUGGAACAAGACUAACUAUUUAGAAACAUUUAGAUGCAGUAUUUUACAUACAGUUCUGGUUUUACACUGUAUAAAACUUUUAUGUAAUAAAGUGGACCUUUAGUUUUACAAGAGAAGCAGGUUGUAAAAUAAAGUACUUUAUGGGAUAAAUCCUGAGAGUUGUAUGUGAGAACUGUGAAUAUCAGCUCCUCUGGGUCCUGCUUACCGCUGACUUUUUUGGGGUCUGGUCAAAUCAGUGGUUUGUGUAUAGAUUUUUUUUUUAAAUUUAGAAUUAAAGGUUUUAAACUGGAAGGUAAUAAUUAUAAUUUUAAAAACCUUUUGGAGAUUAUCACAUUUAGUUUACUACAUACGCAAAAAAGCUUUUUGUCUUCUCUCUUUGGGACAUCUGUAGCAGUUUUUGUAUUUUGGUCAUACUUUCAACAUUUUAACGUGAAUUAUAGGGUUUCAUGCUGGUUUCCAGAUUUUGUUUGGCUAUGUACAAUGGAACGUUAAGUCAUAUAUACAUAUACAUAUAUAUA